GAGGAGAGGAGAGGGAAAAGGCCAGGAGCAGAGGAAGGGCAGCAGUGAUGAUGUCAGAGGCAUGGCCUGUUCUGAUUGGUGAGGAGCUUCCUGGGGAGAGCCUAUAAAAUAGCCAGCAUCAGCAGCGGUAAGAAGCAAAGGCAGGAAAGCAGGGAACCUGAGAAAUUCUUUGGCUGUCCACUGAACUCUACAGCGCGUGUGUGUCUAGAGAUGCUGGGCUGUGGCUGUGUUAUGCUUUCAUGUCUUCUGACACUGACGCUAUUCCACUGUAGCGUCAGCAGCUUCCACCUGACCCAAGAAAGUCCUCAGUAUGGGGACUCAGGGCCCCUGGAGGAGCCCGUGUUUAGGGCCCGGCCCGCGGAGCAGAAGACCCCUGAGGGCAUCACGGCCAAGCUGCUGCUGCUGGACCAGCUGGUGCAUCUGGAGAACGAUGUCAUCGAGACCAAAAGAAAGAGAAGCUUCCCGGGGUCCAACACCCCGAUAGACCGCCUCUCCAUCAGCACAAUGGACACCAAGAGCAACAACAAGCAGAGGAAAGUUGUUGAGAUACCACGGCGAAGGGUGAACGUUCCCAUUGAUCGGAUCGGACUGGGCCGCCUUCCUAGCAACCGGGGAUGAGCCACAUCGCUGUCACCCCUCCUGAGAGACUGGGGCUUCAGUGCAAGUAGAAGACUCAUGGAACGCAUAACAUAAACACCUACACUCCUCCAUCUGCUCCCCUCAUACUCACUGCAGCUCAACACCUGAGCCCCAACACGUACAUUAGACGCUAUAUAGACCCUUGGCUCAACACCUAGGCCUCAACACGUACAUUACACGCUAUAUAGACCCUCAGAUCAAGUCUUAAACCCUAAACAAGGACACUCUUCUUAUACCAUGUAAAUUCCUAGACCAGUGCAUGAAGCACAAACGUACAAACAGACUUUACUCCCAGCUCUUAAUCUCUAUCCAAAAGCCUCACCUGUAUUCUGCAUCCUUAUACUUUAUACAGCUCUACAAAGCUCCAGGAAUACCACACAGCUCUGUGUCCUCUUCACUCCAUAAAGUCAUGCCCCUUACAUCAGCAACUUUAUCUUCCAGCAGCACACUAUGUAGAAACUUCACGCCAUGUGCCUUUAGAGCCGCUUGCAGAGGGAUGGGCACGGUCUCCAUGGUAACUGUAGAACAGCACUAUUUACCCAUGAUGCCGAGCGCUGUUGUUUGUUAAUCUCGCUGUAGUAAACUCACCCUGUUCCGUUGUGUGCACAGACAGGAGGCCAACUGCCUUGACAUUAAAACUGAUCGAUUACAGCUA